UCCUAAACCCCCUUAACAGUGAUGGUCAUGUUGAAGGUCGCUUCCCCUUUAAAACAUUUUUUUUUGGAAACGUCGAUACUGUAGUGCUGUCCAUGCAGAGCUGAGAGGAGGGGUGAGACUAGGGUGAGGAGUGGGGAAGAGAUAACUCAGACUGACAAGCAUCCACAGGGAUGAGAAACCCCGGAGAGGACACACGUGUUUUCACCAUGUAGAAGCCGAAAAGACGUACGUGCGGACUCUGAAUUUCUCCACAAACUUCCAGACAGCAUGUAGCCUGAGCUGCUGCGACUGCAAAAAAAAAAACAAAAACCCAGCGACUGACGCAUGCGGAUUCCUCCCUAGAGAUUAAAAACGAAAAGGAAAAAAAAACGCAGGAGCAGAAAAUGGCAGCCGCAGACAUCCUGUACUUCACUUUGUGGAUCGCCACGUUCUUCACCUCCGGACUCGGAUGCCCUGAGCUCUGUUCCUGCUCAGAUAAAUACAACCGUCAUUUUGCAGAAUGCUCCUACAAAAGCUUGGCUGAAAUCCCAGAUGGUUUGCCUCCCAAUGUUACAACUUUGAGUCUCUCAGGUAACAGGAUCAGUUUGAUACCGUUAGGAAGUUUCGACAAUGUCACCCGGGUGACGUCUCUGUGGUUGGCCCGCAAUGAGCUCUUCUCCAUCGAACCAGGGGCUCUCUCACCCCUGGUUUAUCUGUGUAACUUUGACAUCAGCUACAAUAAAAUCGUACACUUCCCAUGGGAGGAUCUGCAGAAUCUCACAAGCUUGCAGCUGUUGAAGAUGAACCACAACGAGAUGGUCAACCUGCCGAGGGACGCCUUGUCCAACCUCAAAGACCUGAGGUCCCUCCGUCUCAACAAUAACAAGUUCAUAACCUUAGCUGAGGGGACGUUUGAUGGCUUAAUCUUUUUGUCACAUUUGCAGAUCCAUCACAAUCCUUUUGCAUGCACCUGCUCCCUCGACUGGCUCAGAAACUGGAUUUCAACAUCCACCAUCUCAGUCGCAGAGCAGAAUUUGAUCACUUGUGCAACUCCAGAGAAACUUAAAGGACAAGUGAUUGGGAAGUUGCCUGAGUCAAAGUGCACAAGCCCAAAUGUCACAAUACGAAUGGAGUCAAAUAUCCAUGUCACAACUUUCUACGAGGACAGCGCUUUGGUCUUGACUUGUGAAUUCAAAGGAAACCCAAAACCACUGGUCAUGUGGAGUAUUCACAGCCAAAGCCAGAGGCAAGACCUGGCUUUGUCGUUUACUGAGGAUGACUCAGCAGAAUCAAACAAAGACUCCUUACUGUCCCAUAAUCCCAUCAAAGUGUUUAAUAAUGGGACUCUAAUCAUUUCAUGCCUCAGGAAGGAAGACGGCGGCAGCUACAGCUGCUCUGCCACUAAUGAAUUUGGUAGAGCUGAAGAUUCUCUGUCAGUGGAGGUGGUGGCUAAACCAACACCAGCACCAACACCUGUAAAGGAAAUGACCACAACUCCCAUUUAUACUAAAACACACCCAUCUGUACACCAAACAACAGACAAACCAACUGUUUUUGAUUUUGUGCAUCUGCCUGAUUUAAAGAGAAAAGACUUCAUGAACAACAAGCCCACUUUCUCGCCUAGUGUAGAGAUCAAUUCUAAGUCUUCUGACGUGGUCACGAGUAAGCCAUUACGUGCUAGUAAAUGUGGCGUGACGGCUAAUACAAGAUAUAUUUCAAGUAAUGUCUUUAACGGGAGCCUGGAUGAUAUCAAGCAGUACACAUUUGACUUUGGUGUCAUUGCCUUGGGCGUGUCAGAAACAGAGGCUACAGUACGGCUCAAUCCUCUUCUCAUACCCAGAGAUAAGAGCGCCAACCGCGCCGCUGCAACAUCUGAGAGCUUUGAAAGUGACAGCGAAGAGUCUCAUGACCCUUCAGACACCUCCGAAGAAGCCCCUUCAAAUGGCUUGUACCUGUGCGUCACUGCUGACCGCAAACACUCGGCUGUGCAGUGGUCGCGGAUCAAGGAGGGCGUCAACACGUACCUGUUCGGCGGUUUACGCCCCGGCACCAACUACUCCCUGUGUCUGACCUACAGAAGGGAGGACUGUGAGGUGCAGGUGAUGUUCACCACCAGGAGGAGGGUUCCCAAUCUGCUCAUCAUCAUCUCGGUCAGCAUCUGCCUUCUGACCGUGUCCACCGUGCCUCUUCUCGGUGCGACAUGCUUCCACUUGGUGUACAAAUACCGCAGCAAGACGUACAAGCUGAUCCUGAAGGCUAAAGACCAGUAUCACAUAGAGAGGAACCUCACCACCAACUUUAACAUCCACGCACCCCACACUGAGUCUCAGAGGAAGAUCAACGGCAGCCAGCUGGACGAGGAGGAAGGGGAGACGGAGAGCAUAGACGGAGACAAAGAGGCGGAUACAGAAGAAAGUGUGGUGACUGAAUCUUUUGCUUUGUCUCAGUACAAAGGGAAUUUAGAUGACUGUGAGGCAGGAUCCGAGUAUAGUGACAGGUUGCCUCUGGGGGCUGAAGCAGUCAAUAUUACAUGCAACUACAAAUAUCCAAAUCAGUAAGUCUUGACUGUUUCUGGCAUAAAAGAUUGUUAUAAAAUUAUUUUACAUUUGGUUAAGGGGUAAAACAGGUAUUUUUCAGUUAGUGCCAAUGGUGUAGGUUCUCAUAAAUGUCGAUGUUUUUCACUCUGGUCUGACAAGACUCAAAAUGCAUACACUCGUUUUAAACCACACCCCAGGCUGUACUGUAACAUUCAGUGUCUACCAGCUGCCAGGCUCAUUUGAUUGUCGUUUUCCAGUCAAAACUGAACUAGGUCUGGUUUUAACCCUGUUCUUUCCAUUCCUCUUGCUGCUGCUCUUUGAAUAUUUUUUUGUAGCUGGAAAUAUUUUCCAACUUCCACAAGCAACACUAAAAAGCAAAUGACACAGCAAAGUGUUCCGCAGAGAGAGAGAAGCUGGUUGCACCAGUUUCACCAUGUUAUUAACAUUUAAUAGCUGAUGCCUUUCAGCUAGAGGCCUUCCAGGCAGGAGUCACAUUUAAAGGAAUAGUUUGAAAUUCUGGGAAACACCCACCGUGUUUCUUCCUGCUUCCACUUUAAUGCUAAGCUGAGCUAACCGAACGCUGGCUCUAUAUUUAGAACGGACAUGAGAGCGGUAUCGAUCUUAUCAUUUAACUCUACGCAAGAAAGCUUGUUUCCCUCGCUAGUCCUUUAACAACAACUCACUAACAAGCACUCGGAAAGUGUGUAUCUUCACCACAGCUGCACACUUUUCCAAAUUUAUCAUCAUAAUAGUAGAAAUAUUUUAAACAUUUUUAAUGUGAAUCUGAAUCAAAAUACACAUAAUGAUAGACAAUCAUGGGAUGCAUGUAUGAGAUACUGUACGAUGUAAUUCAUUCAAGUAUGUACAGUAGUUCAUGGAGGAUGUCACAGUCAUGGCCAUGUUCCUCGUCUAUGGACCAACUUUCAAUGUAAUUUCAGUGAAAUCUACUAACACAUUUUAAUGAUAUUCCACUAGCUAACAAACAGACAACAUGACCUCCUUGGUGAAUCUGUUCUAACACAGUAAACAUGAAGGCUUAUUGUUGAUUUGUGCUUCUUGAACAAUCUGAAACUGUGAAAUGUCUGAUGUACAGCUGCAAAUAUUUGUAGCAACAUUUUGAGAGUGCAUAUAACGAUGUGCUGGCACUCCUUGGACACUUGCAACCAAAUAAAUUUAAUUAAUUUUUUUCUUUUUAAGUCUCUGUAUUAGCGUUUUUUCAUCGUGUUAAUUGUUUUGAUCAGCAAAAGGACACUUAGUGGUAGAAAUAAGAGUCUCUGCCAGGAAAUAAUCCAUUUUACAAACUUUAAACUUAAAUUAUCACCUCCAUUUCUAUUUGUUCAGAGCAUCUUUGUUAGACUUUGUUACUAAUAAACAGAUAGAUAAAAUAAGGUGGGAACACAACACAUCAAGCUAUUAAGCUUGGUUUGACAACAAAAAAAAGGUGUUAAAAGAAAUAUUGUAAUAAAUAUACAGCAAAAUAAAUGUAAACUAGACGCAGACAGCAGUAAAUGGUUUAACUGUAACAGCAAAAGAUAGCAAUAUUCUGCUUUUAAACUACUACAUUUGUGCUGUCACAGUUAGGAGUAAAGUAAGCUUAAACAUACAGAGAUGCAAUCCUCUCAUACCUCCAAAGUACUGGAGUAUAAAUGUUUAGUGUAGUUUCUAAGAGAAAACUAUUGUAUCCUGAACUACUGUGAGCUAAAAUUACUGUUUUCCUGUUGUAUUAAACUAAAUGGGUGUUUUAAAUACGCUCUCUGUCACUUAGGUAAAAUGUGGACAAUUUAAUUCAGUAUUAUCCACUAAGUUUACUGCCGUGUGUAACAGUAAAAGCACUUCUGAGCAUGUAUGUGAAGUAAUUGCUCUGUUGUAUCUGGGUCAUGUGUCCAUCCUGUUGUGUUUCCCAGAGUACUGUGUUUGGAGACCUGCAUGCUGCUUGUUACUGUGAGUCACACUAUGCUGUCUGUGUACAUAUCCUUGACUCAAAUGCUGUACUAACUUUGGGUCGUUAUUGGCUGCUGUCGUUUUUCUUUUCUGUUUUAUACCCUUGUAAUACAGGAAAUAAUAUGUUUUUACUAAAGUGUUAAUGUUAAAUAUCCUCACUAACUCUCCUAAUCCUAUGUGCCUCAAUAAAGUUUUG